AUGCAGGAUCUUGUUCAAGUUAGAAGCUUUAGAAAUGGUUAUUAUAACCAUGAGGAGCCUGUUGUUGUUUAUUCUUCAUCAGAAAACCCUAACUUCUUCACUACUUUGAAUCCUUUGGAGUAUCAGGAGCAACUAGGUGCAAGUGCUGAAGAAUCAAGUAGGUUAUUCAUGAUGCAACAACAUCAUCAUCAUCAACAGCAGCAGUAUGGUUCAUAUGCUAAUUCUUUGAUUGAUUUUCAUUCUCAUGAACAAAAGCAUGUGAGUGAUUUUGGAAAUUGGAGAAACAGUACUGUUCAACAUCAAGUCAGUGAUAGGUUUUUAAAUAAUGCAACAAAUUCUAUUCCUUGUGUUUAUGGCGGUGAUAAGCAACUAGGUCAUGUCAUGCACCAUACUCCUACUUCUUCAACACUAUAUCAGAAUCAUUCUUUGCAAGAUAUUGUCAAGUCUAUCACUUCCAAUAGUUCAGAUUCUCACAUGACAUCACUCAUGCAUCAUAACAAUGGUCAAGAGAUUUGUGUAGUGAAUGCUUCUGAACUUCAACAUCAACCUAAUCAUUUAGAGUUUGGAUGGAAAAAUCAAACAGAUUCGAAUCCACAAAGCUUAUCGUUAUCACUCUCAUCGAAGGCUCAUGUUUCUAGAGAUUGUGGAAAACCACUUCAAGAUUUGGUGGUUGGAAUAAUACCUAACUCAAAGACUACUAGUUAUGGAAAUGUGGGUCCUCUUGGUCCUUUCACUGGUUAUGCUACUAUUCUUAAGAGCUCAAGAUUCUUAAAGAUUGCUCAAAAUUUGUUGUCUGAGGUUUGCUGUCCAAAAUUUGUGUCAACAUGUGAUGUUUCAGAGACUGAGGAUACUUCUAAAGAAAGUCAUUCAUGUUCUUCAUCAUCUAUGUUUCAUGUUACAAAAGAAAAUAGUGCUGAUUGGGGAUCCAGAAGUAGUUUUGGUGUUUCUUUGCGGCCAGAUUAUCAACAAAAUAAAGCAAAACUUGUGUACAUGCAAGAAGAGGUCAGUAGGAGAUACAAGCAGUACCAACAUCAAAUGCAAAUGGUGUUUUCAUCUUUUGAAUCAGUAGCAGGUCUUAAUUCAGCCACUCCUUACAUCACCUUGGCUUUGAAGUUAGUAUCAAAACACUUCAAGAGCCUAAACAAUUCUAUUUCAAAUCAGCUCAAACUUGUAACUGAAGUCAUGCAGAAUGAUUCUUCCAUAGCCACUACAAACAAUAGUAGUCACCUUGUUGACACUAAUAAUGUGGCAAACGUAAGGUACAUGGACCAAAGCAUGCAAAAGAACAAAGUUGAGAAGGUUCUAACAGGUUUUCAUGAUCCACAACAACAUGUUUGGAGGCCUCAAAGAGGCUUCCCCGAACGCGCGGUCGCGAUUCUUAGAGCUUGGCUGUUUGAACAUUUUCUUCACCCUUAUCCUACAGACACUGAUAAACACAUGCUGGCUACUAAGACGGGUCUUUCACGAAACCAGGUUUCAAAUUGGUUUAUCAAUGCUCGAGUUCGUGUGUGGAAGCCUAUGGUUGAAGAAGUACACAUGCUUGACAAAAAGACAACAGGUACGAAUGAGAAUUCCAAUCAGAAUGAAGGAACUUCCGGCACUGAAGGUGGCUCAUGCAACCAACCUAAAAUGGAUAAGACAGUGAACGGGUUUUUCAUGCAUUCAAUACCUGAAAACCAAAUUCAGGACAUGGAGUUUGGUUCAUCUAUAGAUAGAAGUGCAGAUGAAAGUGCGAUAAAAGAAGCAGAACAAUGGCGAGAAGAGAAGCGGUCGAAAUUGGAAUGCGAAAUGAGUUCAAGAAUGGAUGGAACACUGAUGGAUUUUUUGCCAUAUAGACAUAGUGGACAUGAUGUUGGAGGAUCACUUGGAUCUGUUUCAUUGACAUUAGGUCUUAGGCAUGGUGUUGAAGGUGUACAACCCCAAGAGGUUCAAUUUAGACAUCAUCAUCACCUUGGAGGGCAAAUGAUACAUGACUUUGUAGGAUGA